UCGUUCAAACUCCUGGGAAUCUUGGAUGUUCAGAACACUCCCUGUGCUCGAGAGUCUGUGCUGUACGGAUCAGCCGGGGCCAUUGCAGUUGGACUGAGUCAUUUCCUGGUGACAAGCAGAGUGAAGCGAUCCUUUGACUUUGGCAUCGGAGGAUUUCUACUUACAACUAUGGGGACAUGGACAUAUUGCAGAUAUCAGAAUGCAAAACUAAGAAUACAGCAGCGAAUGGUUCAGGAAGGCAUGAGAAACAAGGUCAUGUUUGAAGGGACCAAAAUGGAUCCAAACAGAAAACUGGAAAGUAGCAGCAGAAACGACCAAGAAGACAACUCAUAGAAGAAUCUGGUUAACAGCCAGAAAAAUGUAUGUCCGAGGGCUGAGUUACAAAUAUUGGUUGAAAUACUAAACCAAUAGCUGGGAAUGUCUAGUUUUCUCUGUGAAUGCCCUGUAUAAAAUAGAAAUUGGGAAUUGCAGAUAUAUUCUUUAAUAGGUUAUCUAUUAUAAAUAUUAAUGGUGUUUUGGUUGAGGAAAGACACUGAUUUGUUGUUGCCCAAGAAAAGACAACAAAUUACUUAUAAAAAAUCUAAAAUAAUUAAGAUGAAGUGCUGAGACAACUAUUUUGUGCCAGGAGUAAAACGAUGCAGCUAUUUUCUUUGAGGUCUUUGAGAUUAGAUAAAGACAGAUGGCAUCAUGGUUUUAAGGCAACAGAUGAAUAGUAAUGCACUGUUGAUGUUUUGAUCCGUGGAGCUGGUUGGACAAGGAUCAUACUGUGAGGUUUUAAAGAAUACAUUGCAGAACAUAAGUUAUGGAAAUUAUUUUAAAUUAUACACUAUUAUAUAAAAGCAAACUCCGUUGAGCUCGAUACACAAUGACUGGAUCUCUCAUACUUUGUUUUCUUCUAGGGAAUAAUUUUGAGUGCAGGGCCUUGGGCCGUCCUCCAGACAUGAAAGGCGCUAUACAAAUGUAACUUGUUAUUGUUGUUGUUAAGCCAUUUUGUCAGUUUUGCUCCAAGUGUAGGAUAAGUAGGGUAAAGCUCAAAUGAAAUUAGCCCUAUGUUAGUUAAACCAAAAUUGGAAAAAAAGGAAGGCUCCUAUCCACAGUUAUACUGUAUUGUGUCAUGAUGUUAAUAAAAAUAUACCUUGAAAUUAA